UUUAAUUGAGCGCACUGCAGGCGUUUGAUCGUACAAUUUAACUUAUUUCUGUUUUCUAUUAAAUAUAAAUUUGUUUUUCCUUUUUGUAAAUUGAAAUGACAUCUCUUCAUUUUAUCGUUCAACCACUUCCCGGAACGGAUGAUCAAUUAAAUGACAGACUUCGUGAGGUAGCCGAGAAGCUUAGUCGCCAUGGAUUCACAAGUCCGCCGGCGCUCUGUUGCCUUAGAAACCAAGUGAUAAUUCAGUGUGUGAUUGGACCUCAUCACAUUGCCUUGCUGCUACAGGAUGGACGCGUUUGUCGGAUUCCAUUCUCUGUGGCUACUGAUCGUUUGGAUUUGAAUAAAGCCACUGACAGCAAAGUGUCAAAGCCAGCCAAAGUCGAGAAGAAUGAUCGUGCAAGUAACCGCAGCGCGACGCUGGUUGUGGAGAGUCCACUCGUGCUGGUGUCAGAUGCUCUCAGCACCGGGUCGUCGCAACCUGCAGGGAGAUGGGUAACAACAGCUGUUACUACACGCAACAACAACCAACCACAGAGCUACAAUCGCAUGCAGCGUACAGUUCAUGUCGGCAGAGGUCGAAGGUCAGGGGUGAUUGUCGGCGCCAGGCCUUUGGUACCAGCAUCUGUGGUUCCUGAAGAACUCAUAAAUCAGUGCCAGAUAGUGCUUCAGGGCAAAUCUCGCAAUCUGAUAAUUCGAGAACUACAGAGAACAAACCUGGAUGUGAACAUGGCAGUGAACAACCUGCUGAGCCGUGACGACGAGGGCGAGGGUGAUGAGGAAGACAGCCAGGACUCGUACAUGCCAGACGACCUCAUCUCCCUCCUCGACAAUGGCAUCCACUCGGACCACACUGGCGUCAUCAUCGACGCUGACACCAUGUUCAACGAGGACCUCUUCGGAUACUCCACACUUAGGAGUCGCGGCUCAGGCACGCGAUCCAGAUUAGGUGAUCGUGAACUGGAUCGAGAUCGGGAACGAGAAUCCAUUUUCCGCAUCCGAGACCGACGCCGAAUUGAAUCGUCGUUCCGCGACGACACGCUGAAACCAUUGGACCGCGACAAAGAGAGCAACCUGAGUUCUGACGGCCAGAAGAAGACGUCACCUCCGUCGCAGUCCCCACUCGUACUCGGGGAGGAGCUUGUGUGGUGGACAGAUCAAACGAAGGAUGGUGAUUCUCCAAAGUUCGCUCAUAUUGCUGCCAUGUUUUCCGAGCUGGUUGCCGUGGGAACCAAUGGACAACUAUAUGGGUGGAAGUGGUCAGAUCCAGCAUCCUAUAAGCAGUCUGAUAAUCCGAAUGUUUUCCACCCCAAGACCGUGUCACUGGGACUACAGAACGAGAAGAUUCUUGGUAUUUCUGCAUGUUCAGUUCGUUCAUCUGUCUUCACAGAAUCCGGAAAGGUUGCAACGUGGAUGGAUGAGGCGUUGUCGCUAGUGUCAUCAAAACUGGAGCAUGCAGCGCAAGUGUUCAGCGAGUUACAGACUGACAAAAUUGUUUCUCUUCACACCUGUUCCCUGUACACCUGCGCCAGGCUGGAGAGUGGAGCACUAUAUUGGUGGGGUGUUAUGCCAUUUGCUCAGAGGAAACGGAUGUUGGAGAAAACUCGGACGAAGAAGAAGAAAAGCAAAGAUUCCACGUCCAACACUGAAGUGACCACUGGGUCUAUGGUCUGUCUUCGUAGUGCGCCGAUGUACCAUGCUGGAGCGUUGGCAUUCACUACAGCUGAUGGAAUUCCGAAAGUGGGAAAACUACAAGACUCGGCCUGGUCACUAGCUGACUCGUGUCGCUUUAAGAUCAAAACAUCACAGAGAGAGCCUACUCCCCCGGAGGCGACCAAUGAAAAGUCGUCGGACAAGAUAGAGAUGCCUCCUCCUUCACCAGAUUCUGUCGGCAGUGAGCACAGUAGUGCGUCGUGGAGAAGCACUCCUUUCUCUCUCAAGCGUAAGAACACCCCAACACCGAACCGCGAUGAGGAUAAGAAGGAGGAAGAAAUCUGGGCACUGAAAAGUGUUGUGUUCAUCGAAGACGUCAAAACGGCGCCAGUUGGAAAAGUUCUCAAGGUGGAUGGAGCGUAUGCUGCUGUGCGAUUCCAGUCAAAAGAUUUGGCUGACUCGUCUUGCUCUGGCGUGAAUGAAGACACAACUAACGUGUUGCAGGAAUGUCGGCUUCUACGCAAAGACGAACUACAGGUUGUGAAGGGUUCAAGUUCACCCAAGAUUCCUGACUGUUUCCAGAAGUCACCAAAGAAAGUGACUGUUGUAGAAAAUGGACAGAUUUUGUCUGUGGCUGUGGAUUGCGACAAUAUCCAUGUGGUAGCGAGGUCGGUUUCUCAGUUGAGCUACAUUGUGUACAGUCUAAACAGCGGCAAAAUUGAACAGAACUGUUCAUUUCCAACGGACGCACAGUCGUUUCUCGGCACAGGCAAAUCUGAGGUUUCACUCCACAAUUGUGAAAACGAUGCCUACCUACCACUGCAGGAUGGGAAUGGCGCCAUCUACCCUCUGGCUAAAGACUGUAUUGAUGGCAUUAGAGACCCCAUGUGGCUAGACUUGCCACCUGUAUCUUGUCUGAGCAUCAAGACGCACAACCUUGGGAACACAGGAUCCAGUAUGAAGCAGUGUGCUGCCGUCAUGGUUCUGGCUAUACAGCUGGAUCAGAUGAUGCCGCACAUACUGCGCUGCGACACAGAGAAAGUCAAGUCAAUAUUACAGUCUCUUGAAGAAGAUAAGGAUACUGCUCGGACAAAGAAAGUAGUUGAAGGCAUCAUCAAGGAGCAUUGUGACGGGAACAGAAAUAUCAUCCACAUGACGGUUGCCAUGUGCGUGCCGACCUCAAACAAAGACUAUGAUUCUGACACUCCUAUUGGUGUUGGUAGCAGCUUUAACACUACACUGGAUGCCGUUGAUGCCCUGGCGUCUAUCCAGAACCGAACCAGUGCAGGAGACUUAUCAAACAGAGGAAUGAGUGUUCGAGAGCUGAUUCGACAGGCCUCGUCGAGAGCUAGAGGCGUGAGUGGUUUGGAAUCGCGAGACUCAGACCGCGAAGAACAGCCGCUGUCGAUUCCAACGUUGAACUGGCCGCCCGAUCCUCCCAGCUACGACAGCAUACACUCAGAUACGGACCAGCCAAGCUUGUCUCGUCAGUCAUCGAGUGGUAUGUCCGGAAGUCUGAGUCAUCUGAUUCAGCCCGAGUUCAGUACAGUGAACGUGUCCCCUGUUAAACUGGAUGAGAAAGAAAGGAAGGCAAACGCUCUCCAGAUACUGAAGCUGUUGUGUGACAGUGCUGUUCUACAGCCAUACCUAUUGGACCUUCUCACAGCUAGAAAUGCCGAGGGUUGCACACCGUUCAUGCAGGCAGUUUGUGGACGCGCCUACUCCGCGGCAGUCGUUCUUCUCGACAUCGCCAAGAAGAAAUCGUGCGGAUCGGGAAACGAGCCGGAUCGAGCCCUCCUCAUGAGCAUGCUGUACCCCUCAGGCUCGAGUCUGGACAACUCCCCCCUCCACAUGGUGUGCUGUAACGACACCUGUAGCUUCACCUGGACCGGGGCGGAACACAUCAAUCAGCACAUUUUUGAGUGCCGGACGUGUGGUCUGACGGGAACUCUCUGCUGCUGUACGGAGUGUGCCAGGGUCUGUCACAAGGGACACGACUGCAAGUUGAAGAGGACGUCGCCGACUGCGUACUGCGACUGCUGGGAGAAGUGUAAGUGCAAGGCUCUGAUAGCCGGACAGCAGGGAGCGAGGCUGGCCCUGCUGCAUCGACUCCUCACUGAGACCGAUCUCGUCACACUCACUAACACCAGGUACACGCUUUUGUCAAUUCUUGAUUACCAGGGAAUAGUCGGGGCCACAGACUGCUUUGAGCAUCCUGUGGAUCGAUCUGUUGUCGAGCUUCCAAAACAGGAUGCACUGCCUGUAGGUCCGGUCCCUUCGGUGCGUGACGACUAUUCCCUUAGUUCCACUGAAGAUCUUGGAGUGGAGCUCAUAACUGCUGCCGUCAUCCAAUGUUUUCCAUUGGUUGAGCAGCGACAGUAUCGCCCAUCUAGAGGUCGAGUGACCACCACUCGCAAAACAGCAUUGUCGGCAGAUUUAGACGUUGAAAUGCCGGAACACGACUUGGAGCCUCCACGAUUCAGUCGCCGCGCCCUGGAGAGAAUUCUCAACGACUGGAGCGCGGUCAAGGCCAUGAUCCUGAGUGGAACUAAGUCAACUCAGGCCAGUAACCCUGAGCUUUUGUAUGAAGAACACAUCUACCUGGACUGUCAGAGUGGAACGGCCCGGCUCGACAAAUUCACUCACUGUCUGCUCGUCAAGUGCAGUGUUGAGAUGCUAGACACCCUGCUAACGACUCUGAUCCGAGAGAUUCAGAACGACCACAUUCCUAACCGUAAAGACGAGGCGAAGAUGGUGACCCGGCGAUUCAUCCGAUCAGUAGCCCGCGUGUUUGUCGUCUUCAACAUCGAGAUGACGCCCAGUGCCAGCAAGAAGCGAAGCCCUAGUCUGAUUUCCUGCCAGCCGGUGCAGCGCUGCAAACGAGCGUUCCAAGCUCUUGCUACGUUCGCCAUCGAGGAACUCUGUGAGAUUGCCAACUCUCUGAUCACCCCGGUCCGUAUGGGCGUGGCCCGCCCCACGGCCCCAUUCCUGUUGGUGAGCGCCAGCCUGGAGGCAGUGGAGGGAAGUGAGGAGCUGUUCAACGUGGACCCCAUGCCCCCGCGGCCGUCCUCCGCUAGCAGCGCCACGCAGCCCAUGUCCUACAUACCCGUCGUGCAGUCGAGACUCCUGCCCAGUCAGUCGGAUCCUGUGAGAGACCGGGAGGAAGAUGAUAUUACCAUGGGAGAGGUGGAGAUAGUCGACAUGGCUGCUGAUGAUGACCAAUCGGACCACGAGGACAGACAGUCAGAACACUCAGACCAUGAUGCGGUGGAUCGCGUGGACCCAGCACCCGUUGAUCAGGAGGAAGUUCAAGCCGAGAGUGACAUGGACCUUGACCUGUUGGCCGAAUCUGAAAGUGACAGUGAGAGUAGCCAUAGCAAUCAAGAUAACGUCAGCGUACAGAGAAGUGCUGUAACAGCGGCCACAGCCGGGUCAGAUGCAGGUCUGGGAAGUUUGGCUCACUUUUCUGAAGAUUCUGGCGAAUCAUCCAAUCAGGAAGAUGAUUACGAAAGUGAGGCUGGUGAGAGUGAAGGUCACGACACCGAUGAAUUUGCAUAUCUAGAGGAACAGUUGGAAAGACGGGCCAAUGCAGCAGGAAGCCAGGGACAAAGAACGCUGCAGCCACCCCAGACGAUGCAGUGGGCAAUUCGACAAAGGGAACCCGCUGCAAACAUCCCGCGAGUACCAACAACUACCACAACAACAGCCGGCGCCACAGAAGGCGAGCGUCGGAUACAGCGUUUCAGUUUAUCCAUGGCUCAGAACUCAAUCCCACCGGCCACCACCCGCAAUCCCAGACGAGUGGGAGCACGCAUUGUCGACACAACCAAUGAUGGUAAUGGAUUAAUUUACAUCGACCCGUCGACCCUGCGGCGGACCGCAGCCAUCCCAACAACAGCGCCGACGAACCAGGACAACGCUGUGGCGAUGUCGACGUCGGCGAGUCAGCUGUCGCGUGCGUUCGGCAUCGUCAUCCGACAGAUCACCGAUCUGCUCAACAUCCUGCCCAACUACAAUGCGAUUGCACCACUGCCGAGGAUCCUCAAGAUUGUCGAGCAAGAUGCAGCUGAUUUACAGAAUUUCCUCGAGAACCACCUGAAGAUCACGUGGGACUGGCUCAUCACCGUGAUGGACUCCACGGAGGCCCAGCUCCGCUUCGGCACUGCCCUUAGCAACAACACCGACCCGGCCAGUGUGUCGCAUCCGCUCCACCCCAGUCACAUCCGCACCAACCGAGACCGGUCGAGGGACGACCAGCGGAUCAUGCAGGCCAUUGACACGAGACGGAGAGCAAGAUACGGGUCGUUCGCUAUUGCCGAUGGUAAUUCUGCGCGUCGCGACUUCCUCAACUACGCGCUGUCUCUGAUGCGAGCCCACAGCAACGAGCACUCUGACAAUCUGCCUGUGAUUGACAUCGCCGCCCUCAAACAUAUUGCGUACGUGUUCGACGCACUCAUCUACUACAUGAAGAGCUGCCCCGAGAGUGACGUCGAGAGCAUCCGCGAUGGCAUCUCUGUCAUCUCGUGGCAGGACCACGAUGAAAACGAAAAUAACGACCACGACGAUGACGCCAUCAACAGCAGCAUCGCCAUGGAUACCGAGAGCUGCGACGGGGAGAGCGAAUCGACGGGGAAACUCGGCCGGAAGCAUCCCUUCUUUCAGCGGUCCGAUUCGACGGUGUUUCUCGGCUGUCCUCCUCCAGAUCCAUUCCGGACUCCUCUGGUAGAAGCCCUGCCAUUGGCUGAUCAGCCGCAUCUGCUGCAGCCGAAUUCGCGGCGAGAGGAUCUGUUCGGAAUGGCGCGUCAGCCGGUGCUGAACUCGAAGCAGAUGAGUCAGAACUUGAAGCAGUCAAGCUCGUUCGAGAAGAUGCCUCUGAGUCUGGCCCUGUCCAGUCACACCUCGGACCGGCCGCGUCCAGCCGUCCCUACGCUGUCUGUCCCAGCCUCCAUCACUGUCCCGGGACCCAUCUCCGUGAUGAGUCCAGGACCGCUGCCGUUCGUGGUACCGUCCGGUACGGGCGGCCGAUCGACUCCCAGUGUUCCAAGCUCGUCUGGCGACGUUGAUCGCGGAGAGAGUUCCAUCCUUCCACCGCAGUCACCGUCGUGGAUUCCCAUGCCAUCGGCUUCGUCCGGGGUCAUAGUUAGUCCCCUGCUGCAGAGGUCCCAGCUUCCCGUUUUACCUCCCCCCACCCCCGCCGCCUCCACCCCCACCACAUGUUCCUGUCUCACCUCUCAAAGAAAGUCUGCCCCCUCUACCUCUUUUCUCCAGCGCCACGGCACCUCCACCACCACCACCACCCCUUCCCCCUCCCCCACCACCCCACCCAGUGAGCCUGAUGUACCGCCACCACCACCACCCCCGGCAACACCUCCCCCGCUGAACAGGGCAGACGGACACCAGGCAAGUGUCAUCGUUCAUGUUGGUUCUACAUCUGCUACUUCGUCGGAUGAUGGAAGUACACAGGAUAGCGUUACCAUGGAGAAAAGUACAGCGUCGUCAUUCGAGUCGAGUUCUGCAUUGCCGCCAACAAGCAGUGUUCCGGAGACUCCAUCUUCAAGAACAGCAACUCCAGUGGAUUUGGUGGGAGCCAAUGAAAAUGUGUCUAACACAGUUGAUAUAGAAACCUCCCAUUCAGCUUUGCCGUUACUGUCUCUGCCCACUCGUCAACAAAGUGUGACAGGUCAGCUGGUGUCGCACGACGUGCUGCUGGGUCGAUGGCGACUGACUCUCGAUUUGUUUGGUCGUGUCUUCUGUGAAGACGUUGGGGCCGAACCCAGCUCUGUGAUCAGCGAACUCGGGGGAUUCCCAGUCAAGGAGAGUCGGUUCCGCAGAGAAAUGGAGAAACUGAGAAAUUCACAACAGCGUGAUUUGUCACUGGAGGUUGAGCGAGACCGCAAUGCUCUGCUACAGACAACAUUCAAACAGCUGAAUACGCACUACAACCGCCGUACAUCCACCAGUGGUCCCCCCUUGGCUGUCCACAGGGUGAAGGUCACUUUCAAAGAUGAACCCGGAGAAGGAAGUGGGGUUGCUAGAAGUUUCUACACUGCCAUUGCUCAUGCUGUGCUCUCGCAAGAAAAACUUCCAUCGCUAGAUGGCAUUUUGGUUGGAGGAAAAAGUCUUCAGUAUAAUUUAAUCCAGCGCCUGCGAUCUCGGGAGAGGGAGAGAGAACGCCAGCGAUCCAUUCAGCGUCAAAGAAGCCGAGAUCGCGAACCACGCAGGACGUUGUCGUUUGAUGCACCGACGUUCUACAUGCCCACCGAGUCGGGCCCAGCAGGUGGCAGCACCAGCAACAACAAUGCAGGAAGUAGCAGCGCCUCUCCGGCAGAUCCAAUACCAGAGGGGAGCGACACCAUCUCACACUACAGACGCCAGUUAGGGGAGCGGCUUUAUCCUAAAGUCUACAGAUUACAGCCGCCGCUGGCUCCCAAGAUCACUGGAAUGCUGUUAGAGUUAUCCCCAGCUCAGAUCCUCAUUCUGUUGGCGUCGGAAGAGUCUCUACAUCAGCGAGUGGACGAGGCCGUCGACAUCAUCAUGUCUCAUGGAAGGGAGCGUGAAAUGAGUGCCGAGACCUUACUGGAUCUUGACAUAUUUAACCUGUCGUCUGACAAGAAGAAGUCGAACACGUCGGAUCGUCGUAGCGACAUAGACGAAGAGGAAGAGAUAGACGACAAUUCGUCUCUGUUCUGGCAGCCAGGGAAACGUGGCUACUACUCACCUCGUAUUGGAAAAGGUUCACCGGAAAGACUGAACGCCUUCAGGAAUGUUGGGAGGAUUAUUGGACUCUGCUUGUUACAGAAUGAGAUAUGCCCUCUAUUUUUCAACCGGCAUGUUCUCAAAUACAUUCUGGGUCGUAAAAUUGGUUGGUGCGACCUUGCGUUUUUCGACCCAGUCAUGUACGAAAGUUUGCGCACCCUGGUGGAAGACGCAGAGACUAAAGACGCGUCACAGUCGCUGAUGUUCGCCGCACUCGACUUGAACUUCUGUGUCGAGCUGUGUGCUGAAGAGGGAGGUGAGCAGAUGGAGCUGAUACCGGGGGGUGCUGACAUCGAGGUCAGUGCACAGAACGUGCAUGAUUAUGUGAGGAAGUAUGCCGAGUUCAGGAUGGUCAAAGCAGCAGAGAAAGCUCUAAAGAACAUAAAGAUGGGAGUGUUUGAUGUGGUGCCCCAGAAUUUGUUGGAAGGACUGACAGCAGAAGAUAUACGACUGCUUCUAAACGGCGUCGGAGAUAUUGAUGUGCAGACUCUGAUCAGCUACACUUCUUUCAAUGAUGAAAGUGGCGAGUCCAGUGACAGAGUCCAGCGUUUCAAAAGGUGGUUCUGGUCAGUUGUGGAGAAAAUGAACAAUCAAGAAAGACAAGACCUGGUUUAUUUCUGGACGUCGAGCCCAGCAUUGCCAGCAAGCGAGGAGGGUUUCCAGCCAAUGCCAAGUAUCACGAUACGGCCGGCCGAUGACGAACAUCUGCCGACUGCGAACACGUGCAUCUCGCGUCUCUACAUCCCACUGUACUCCACCAAGUGUGUGCUACGAUCCAAACUACUACUAGCAAUCAAAACAAAGGCAUUCGGUUUUGUUUAAUGGCCGGUGAUGGGUAGGGGCUUGAAAAACAAAUUUCAGUGUUGUAGUGUGGAUGAACUGAAUUAUUACACUGACAGCCGGGUGAAAAAAGAAAGUGAAUUGUAAGGCAGGAUUGGUGGAUAAAUAAACAUUUAUUACACUGAUAGCUGGUGGAUAAAUUACAUUUAUUACACUGAUAGCUGGUGGAUAAAUUACAUUUAUUACACUGAUAGCUGGUGGAUAAAUUACAUUUAUUACACUGAUAGCUGGAUAAAUAACAUUUAUUACACUGAUAGCUGGUGGAUAAAUAACAUUUAUUACACUGAUAGCUGGAUAAAUAACAUUUAUUACACUGAUAGCUGGUGGAUAAAUAACAUGUAUUACACUGAUAGCUGGUGGAUACAUUACAUUUAUUACACUGAUAUCUGGUGGAUAAAUUACAUUUAUUACACUGAUAGCUGGUGGAUAAAUAACAUUUAUUACACUGAUAGCUGGAUAAAUAACAUUUAUUACACUGAUAGCUGGUGGAUAAAUAACAUUUAUUACACUGAUAGCUGGUGGAUAAAUAACAUUUAUUACACUGAUAGCUGGUGGAUAAAUAACAUGUAUUACACUGAUAGCUGGUGGAUACAUUACAUUUAUUACACUGAUAGCUGGUUAAAAAUAAAACAGCAACUGAAUACUACUAGCUGGUUGAAAAACUUAAUUACAUUCUAACUGGUCAAUAAAUGACGUUAUACUGCUAGCUUGUUGAAUAACUUUGUGAAUUACAUUGUAGCUGGUGGAUAAAUGACAUGUUAUACUGCUAGCUAGUUGAAAAACUAUGAAUUACAUUGUAGCUGGUGAAUAAAUGACAGGUUAUACUGCUAGCUGGUUGAAAAAAUAUUGGAAUUACAUUGUAGCUGGUGAAUAAAUGACAUGUUAUACUGCUAGCUGGUCGAAAAAAUAUGUGAAUUACAUUGUAGCUGGUGGAUAAAUUAUAAUGCCAGCUACUUUUUAGCUGGUGGAUAAAAUUCAUAUAUACAAAGACCUGUAAUACUGGUAGUUAGUUGACAAAUGACAUCAAUUAUAUUGCUGGCUGGUGAACAAAUUUGUAUUAUACUGCGAGCUGGUUAAAAGAAAAUAUGUGUAUGACACUGCUAGCUGUUUAAAGAAAAAUGGUAUGUGCAUUAUACUGCUAGCUGGUUAAAAAAAACGUGUGUGUUUCACAUUGCUAGCUGUUUAAACAAAAAAGGAUGUGCAUUAUACUGCUAGCUGAUUAAAAAGUGUAUUAUACUGUUGGCUGGUUAAAGAGAGUGUAUUAUACUGCUAGGUUGUAAAAAACAUUGGGUGUUGUACUACUAAAUGUUUAAAAAAUUGUAUGUAUCAUAUUGCUAGCUGUUUUUCCUUUUUAAUGUGUUUUAUACUGCUAGCUGUUUUAAGAAAAAGGUUUGUGUAUUAUACUGCUAGUCUUCAAAUGUGACUGGAUUUAAACUGGAUCAAAAACAGAUCAGACAUUGGUGAAUUUGCUUUAGCCAAGUUCAGUUCCUUGUUCAGCAAAACAAAAUGUGAGAAAAUAUUUGAGAAAUAAUUAACUAAAAUGUGAAAAAAAUAUUUGAGAAAUAAUUAAACGACUUGUCACAUUUUGGCAAAUUAAUUACGACAUUUGGCUAAUUAGUUACGAAAUUUGACAAGAGUAAACCUGGCUGGUGCUUAUAAAACUUUUAGAGUCUCGACAGUAAUGUCUUGACAACGCCGUAGAAAUUGUGUGUGUGUGAAGCCAUUAAAGAUUGAGUCUGUACUCUUUAAAACGUUUUAUAAGCACGGUUCCUGGUAUUGGUAUUAAUACAUGUUGUGAAAACUUGAGAAAUGUUGCAUUUAUUUUGUUGUGACAUUGUCGUAUUGCUGAUCAGUUCAUUGGUUGAUAUGCAGCCAUUUUGUCAGUGUCCUGUUACGAGAAAGGCUGCUUUCGUUCGGACACGAUCUGGCUGUCCUUUGUGGUUGUUUUUUCACAUAUACAUAGCUAUGUUGUUGUUUUCUCAGUGUCUGAAAGAUGGGUAAUAGCAGCUGAAUACUGUAUAUUACAGUCUGUCUGUUUUAUCUUACAUGCUGUAUAUUCACUACCUACUUAUUCACUUGUAAAUUAAAUCUCUUUUCACUGUCCACAUCCUGACAUACAUACACUUAGUGUGGCGAGAUCAUCCAGAAUUCCCAACCAAUCAGCAUGUAAUAAUAUGACCUGUGACCAUGAACUUUCACCUUUCCUCCGAUCCCAUAUAUAUAUAUAUAUAUAUAUAUAUAUAUAUAUAUAUAUAUAUAUAUAUAUAUGAAGAGUUAAGGUGCAAAAACCGAUAAACACCAUUUUAUCCCAAAACCUAUAAUUUUUCAGUUCACGGCGUUAUGUUCUAAUUUCCAUACUCGUUUUUUAAAUUCUGUCCUUUAUUUACUUUGUAUAUUUCAACUUAAGAUCGUCCACAAUGGACGACUUGAUAUCUUUUGCAGAAAACUAUUAAAAUGCAUAUAUCGGUUUUUGUGCCUGAUGUCCUCAUUCAUUUAUAUAUAUAUCCACUACUCCAAAAAUAAAAUAUUUAAACAUGUAUACAUUUUAGAAAUGUGGCACAUGUAUCGGGCGGUAAGAUAAUUACACCCCAUUCCUCUAGGUGACUGAUUCCUAAACAGCCCUGGUUAUAUUAUCUUCUUUUCAGAGCUUUCUAAAUUUCUCAGAUUCCAAGAUUAAUUUCUAACACGAUUGGUGAAUUGUUUGUGUUAUGUCCAGUAUGUUUUGUUUGAAAAUCCAAGCAUAAAUCAAUGAAAUUAUAUUGUGUAUUUUAUUUGUUUGAAUCAUUUUCUUUAACACUUGUAUGUUGAAAUUCUAGAACGAAUUUUCAACCAAAUCUUUGUAAUAUGUACAUUUAACUUUGAUGUCGUCUGGUAAUAAAAGAGAAAGUACAUCUUAUAGGUA